AUGAAGCUCCGCAACUCAGCACCAGACGGAGCAUGGCAGCAGAAGCAGAAGCUCUGGAAAAUGACGGUUCUCCGGUGGUCCGCCCUCGCCGUCGGCGUCUUCUACGGAUUCUCACACCAGCGAACGAUAACGGCAACUCAACAAGCCCAGCACCAGGAGCACGAGUAUGCGCAGAAGCAAAAGUUGAUAAAUAAGGCCAAGGCCGAAUUCGCCAAGAAGAACAACCCUAAAUCAGCCUCUGAGAGUGGUAUCAUCACGAAUGCGGAUGAUCCCAAGUUCGACCUCGAAAAGUACCUGUUGCAGGUGGCCAAGGAGCACCCAUAA